UAAGCCGGUUUCUUCUAUUCCAACCGCGGCGACGUACACACGAAUUUCAAUAAGUGAGCAAGUACUUGGUGACCCCGAAUCAGUGAUGCAAACUCAAAAAAAAUAAAAUAAGUAGAAUUGAGGAAAAAAAUAAGUAGAUUUGAUGAUAAAAUAAGUAGAUUUAUUUUUGUGCCAUUAAGAGCCCUGUUACCUCAAAAAAAUUCGUAAUAUUAUUUAUAACUUUAAUAUAUUCAAAGCAUUAGGUACAGAACACAAAAAACAUAACAUAAUUCAGAAUUAAUGAUAAAAUAUAACAAUAAAUAAAAUGUAAAAUAAUUCAUUCAACAUUGAAAAACAAAACUUAAUUCCAAAAUAAAAAAGGAACCAACAAAAUAAAAAUUCAAUAAAAAUUAAAUUAAGUUAUUUGGGAAUAUCGUACAUAGCUUUAUUGCACUUUUUUCUCAUCUCAGUAGUCAUUUUGAAAUUUGUGCAAUCAGAGUUUUGUAGUUUUAGUAACCCUUUCCUUCGUAAGCAUGCUUUAAUGGUUGCAUUCUCUAAUCGAUUUCUGAUUUUUGUUUUCAUUAAAUUUACUUGGGAAAAUACCCUUUCAACAUUUGCAGACGAAUGUGGGAAGGACAAAAUAGCAAAUACUAGUUUAACUAAAUUCGGGAAUGCUUGCUCGUUACCAAUUUCAAUGCGAGCAACCAUACGCCAAAAUUCUUCAAUGUCUAAAAUUUGUUCUUUAUCUUUUACGAAAUUUAUCAGAGUACGGUAUCAAUUUCUUGUAUAUUGUCAGCUAGUAAACGUGGGACUUGUUGUAAAAGUGGAGCUAUCGAUUUAUAGGUACAAGCGUAUACAUUGUCAGAACGGCCUCAAUAUAAAAGUUACGACACUUAUUCUUAAAAGUAUCUAUUUCAAUGACAUUGAUUUCAUUCGUAAUUAGAAAGCAUUCAACUUUUAUACCGAGGUAUAUACUUUCCAAAUCUAACAAACAUUCUGGAGGGAGAUUAAAUUCUGAGGUACUAUCUAAAAACAUUGUAAUAUAAUCUUUCCUUACGAAGCACUCUAACAAUGUUACUACUAUUUCUUUAACCGAAC